UCCGUCGGGCCAGCCGCAGGUCGGUCACGUGAUCGCCCGCCCGCCGGUACCUGCGCUCCUGGCUCCUGCGGCGGGAUGCGGCCGCUCGGCGGUUUCCUGAUGCUGCUCGGGGCCGCUUCUUGCGGCCUCUACCUGCUGUCGGCGCGGCUGAGCCCGGGGGGCCCGCUCGGGGCCGGCAGGUCACUCAAGUUCCCAUCAGACUUGGAGGAGCUGCGAGAGCUUGCAGAGUUUCUACAGUAUUAUAAGCAAGAGCACCAGAGCUAUGUGCUGCUGCUGUUCUGUGCUGCCUACCUCUACAAGCAGUCCUUCGCCAUCCCUGGCUCCAGCUUUCUGAAUAUCCUCGGUGGGGCUCUGUUUGGACCAUGGAUCGGGCUCUUGCUGUGCUCUGCUUUGACUUCUGUGGGUGCCACCUGCUGUUACCUGCUCUCCAGGGCCUUUGGGAAACAGUUUGUAGUCUACUGGUUUCCUGAUAAAGUGGCCAUGCUGCAAAGAAAGGUGGAGGAGAACAGGAGCUGCUUAUUUUUCUUCUUGUUGUUUCUGAGACUUUUCCCCAUGACCCCAAACUGGUUUCUGAACCUGGCAUCUCCGAUCCUGAACAUCCCAGUUUCUCAGUUCUUCUUCUCUGUCCUUAUCGGUCUGAUCCCCUAUAACUUCAUUUGUGUGCAGAUGGGUGCCAUUCUCUCGCAGAUCACCUCCCUGGAUGCCAUUUUCUCCUGGGGCACGUUGCUUAAGCUACUGGCCAUAGCCAUGGUGGCGUUGAUACCGGGGACCCUGAUUAAGCAAUUCAGCCGGACACACCUGAAAUUGGAUGAAAAGGACCAGAAUGUUUGCCUGCUCAAUGGCAAAAAGAGCACAUGAUGGACUGGGUGCAGCAGCUGUUCAGCUGGGGAUGGUGCAAUCAUCAGCAACCAGAUGAUGUUUUAAGUUGUUGCCUGCACUGCCUCUUCUCUGCACAAGCUAGGGCAGAGGACAACUGCAGUUCUUAAAUCUUUUUAAAUCUAGGAGGAGACAUGAUAGUCUCAUUUUAAAUGGUGCUUGUAUAAAUGUGAAUGUCUGGGUCACUGGGGAGCUGCCAGUGGGCUUUGGAAAAAUCUGCGGGUCCAUUUUUCUGACCCUGCUGAAUUGGUGCCACAUUUAGUGCCAUGCUGGAGCUCUUGGCGUCCACGGAGAUUUUCCAAGUAUGUGCAGUGCCCUUGGGCUCUCUGAAGUGUUGGCAGGUACCGCUAGGUAACUGCUGUUCAUAUGGCAGUUGGUUUAAGAUGGUGGUGGUGGUAGAGAGUAGUGCAGGCUGAGAACUGGGCUAGCUGUAAUAAAUGAGCCACCUGUGUGCCUGCCUGCCCAGCGAAAGCAGCUCUGCUCACCCUGGCACACGGAGUUCAGGUCUGUUCAGACAAGGCCUCCUGCAAGGCUACAGCGUGUCACUGCCUCCUUCCUUCCCCGUCUCCAUGUGCUGUGCACUGGGGCUGUCACUAGAACUGACCUAAUGCUACAGGCUCGAGGGUUAACAGGCCCCCUACUAGGAUGAUUGUGCCCAGGGGUUUAUUGGGAAGGAUCCAUUAUUGUGCUGGAGCCCAGGCCAGACUUCCCCUUGCUUGGCUCACACAACUCACAAAGGUCGUGGUUCCUGUUGUGCUGGAUUUAGGAGAGCACAAGUGCCCUUGCUGCAUCCACAGCUGGCUUGCUCCUUGCCUUCUGGCACUGAGUACUUCUAGGCACACCUCAGCCCCACCCCACCAGAUCCUUUCCUGUGAUUGCUUGUUGCUCUGCAGCUCACUUCAGUGGCUGCAUGUUUCCCACCUUAGAAUCUGCCCCCCCCCCCAUGCCCCCCAGUUGCUGUAUUCUUCAAUGUCAUUCUUUUAGUGCUUCCUAAGGAAUGGGAAUAGCUGUACUUCCUGUCCCAGGGCAGCCCAUUGCAUCCUCAUCCCCUGUAGCCUGCCUCCAGCAGUGACCAAUAAAUCCCCAGUAUUUCAGCAGAAGAUACAAAACCUCCUGCUGUUUCCAUAAUGCCCCAGGCCACGUGUGCAAUUCCGUGCAUGGAAAGAGACUGCCUGCUUGAGAAAAUGGAUACACAGCUCCAGAGGUAGCCUCACUUGGUUAUCCAGCCUGUCUGGCCCAGAGCCAGUGCUUCUGGGUUUAUUGGAGUAUAGUUUCUAAAUGCAGGAAACCAGCACUAAACCUGGUCACUUCACAGCCAAGUCCUGUGCCUUUUACCUGCCUAUUUUUGAACAGAGAAAUCCCAGCAGCAUUAGUAUCUCCAGGGGAUCGGUCUCAGCAUCGCUUGUGCCAUCCAUGUGUUUGGGGAAAUGGCAGAUCUUUCUGUCCGUGUUUUAGCUUUCCAGGAGCGGUGUCCUGCUGACAAAGUCUCACACUGAGGAAUGGACUUGUCUGCAGUAAGGCUGCAUCUGUGCCUGGGGUGCAUUGUGAAUCAGCUGCUCCUUAGGCAAGAAGAUUGAAGGAAAAACAGCCCAGAAAUGCCUGGCUGCUGGAGCCCAUCUGAGUGGUGAUUUGUGUCCUUGCCUGGUCUCACACCAAGUGCCUUACCACCCAGGCGUCUGUGUUUACAUGUAAAUUACUGCGUCUCAUAUAAAUGGUGGUGAAACUUUA